UCAGUGAAAUACAUCUGCUUGCUGUCAGCAAAUGCAAAGAACUCAGUUUACAUCCUGACCUAAUCCACACAGUCGAUGACUUGUUACAGUGUAUCAGUGCAGGAGCCUGGAGGAGCUCACUAUAGUACAGUCACUAUGGAGUCCGGACAUAUAGGGGGCGCUCUCCUCCCCACACACAGAUGAGACCGCCCGGCUCACUCACGAGCUCCCCCAUCAUUGGUUUCUCCCGCUUCACCCUCCCCCUGUCAGUCUGUGGUAGACUCCAACUUCCGGUGUCACCAUAGCAACGCGUCCUGACAUAACUAGAAGGAUUCACGGGACCAGAGAAUCACCCGCAAAAUGUGACCGGAAACCGCGACCGGGACCUGGUUUCUCCGUCUCCUGCGCCGAUCGCUGUGACGUCAUGGAGGUCGCUCCUCCCGCCAACUUCGACCUUCCUAGAGGGGAUGGAAGCCUCAAGAGACCCUCAUCCUCCGCCUUUCUGGACAGUUUGGUGGAAAAGCCCCAGAUCCGACCGGUUCCCAACCACAUCCUGGAGUCAAGGGUCUAUAAGAAGCUCGGCAGUAAUGUCUCGGUUGUGGCAGACCCUGGAGUUCUCCAUUUUGGGGGAUUUGAAAUUGGGACGUGUCUCCAUCGGACUCUGAGAUUGGUGAACAUCUCUGCAGACGUCUCCAACGUGCACAUCAUCCCCCCCCAGAGCAAGCACUUCACCGUCAGCUACAGGAAAGCAAACAGGCUGGCCCCGGGCUUGGCGCUAACAGUCAAUGUUCAGUUCAUUGCUGAUGAAUGGAGAUAUUACUAUGAUUGUAUCCGCGUCCACUGCAAGGGUGACGAGACGCUGCUGGUGCCCCUGCAUGCCUACCCCGCCAUGGACCUGCUGGACUUUCCAUCUCAUGUGAACUUAUCAGAUGUGCCGCUUGGGCAGAGAGCGCUCUACGUCCUCCCCUUGCGCUGCAGCUGCCCGGUUGACUUUGAGUUCAGCAUUGUUUGUUCUCAGCCUCACAAAGACUUUGAAAUCUCUCCGACUUCAGGGGUGGUUCCAGGUGGAGGACUGGUGGAGGUGACCGUGACCUAUACUCCGUCCAGCUAUGGCACCGCACAGACGAGGGUAGAGCUGCUGAUCUCGGAGCUGAAUGCGACGCCGCGUCUCUGCGUGUUCACUGGCACCUGCUCCCCCAGACUGACGGCAACGAAGGAACGCCAAGGGAACCUCCACAUCUCGCCCACGAGGAGACCCCAGGGAGGCCAGAAACUGUCCUAUGGGGUGUCCCGCAAAAAGAGACAUCUCCAGAGCUUGCAGCAGAAUGCGUCACAGGUCAUUGAGUUCCAGAACCUGAGAUUUCCCCUCAGUCUGUCCAGUCCCCACGCCGUGUCCACCGUGCUGAACCAGCAGCCAGGAAAGCUGAGGCUCCGAGACCUGCGCCAAGGUCGCACAGGUUCUGACAAGAAGGUAAAGACUCGUCAGGAGAAGGAGACGCGAUUCCAGCAGGUGAUCCAGCAGAACGUCGCAGAGGAGGAGGCCAAUCAGCUGCGGUGGCAGGUUCACCUCGGCCAUGAUCCCAUCUCUGCAAAACACCGUCGCAUUAUAACGGAGGAUCGCCAGAGUGCCGUGGCCGAGUACCAGGUGACGAGAGGCUGCCCGGACCCGGCCGCUGACCGCAGGAGGGAGGCCGCGCUUGUAGGUUGUCGUCGGGUGCUGCGCCGCGUGGAUGAGUGUCCCCGGACGCAGCCGCAGUUUGACCUCUACCUGAAUGACCUCUGGGCUGACAGGAGCCGGGCCCUGAGGCGCUUCCAGCAGGCGGCCCGCACGGUCCUCGUACGGGGCAGAGUGGACGGCCGGCUGCCAUCCUUGAAGAAACUGCUGCAGCGCCUCCGAUCAGAGGGAGAGGAGGACGCAACGUGUGACAGCAGCGAGGAGGAGGUCUCCCCGUUAUCUGCCUCGCAGGUCUCGCUCUAUGAAUUCCCUCCGUACCCGGCUGAGCCCGAUGGGUCGCCGCUGCAAGAGCUCAUGUUCCUUCCUCCCAGACCUGCAGCAGCACCGCUCAGACACCGGCUCUCCUUCCAGGACCUAAAGGUUCCGCAACACUUCAGGUUGAUGGCGUAUCAGCUGGUGAGGAGUCCGAGGGGGUCCGCCCUGUACCAGCCCCGCCAUCUAGUGAGAGCACUGCGGAGGGGGGCCGAGGAUGAGCUGAUGCCGCCGGAGGCCCCCGGGUCACCUCUCUGUCGGACAUUGAGUAUUUGCUCCCAGGAGAAGAGCGAGGAAGGGCAGGCGCUGCUCCUGAGACCACCUGAGACAUUGCUGAGCCCCCCAAAUUUCCAUUCCAUCCAUGUGUUUAAUCCGGCUCCUGGACUUGUGGCCUUUAAGAGACCCCUCUCCUACUCCGAGAUUGACCUGGAAUAUCACUUGUGCCCGCUGCCCAAGUACCCAGACCAGCAAGAGGGCCCCGGGGGCCCGUUGAGGAAGGUGCCGGAGAUUAUACGAGGAGUCAUGAGCUGGAAGAAGUUCCCAACCGCCCCCCUGUCUGCUCCCCUCCCGGCGCCCGAUGGCUGCAGACCCCGGUGGUGUGACCCCUUCAACGUGGACUUACUCCCGGUGAGCGCCCCCCCGGCUGUUAGCAGCUUACCUGCGGAGGACAAGGAAAACGUUGUGCCGAGGGACGGAGAUGACGCAGACUUGAAAGUGUGGCUGACCCCAGACAUGCUGAGGGCUGAAUUCAGUGUGCUCCAGAGCAGCGCUCCACCUGAUACACAGUGAGUAGUACUCCACGCUGGCCCGGUCCUGCCUGUAAUGGCCGGAGAGGACACCAGAUGCCUUGAGAUUCAUGCGAUAAUUCAUGGGUGACCGGACCAUGGGCUCAGCGGCUGGCGGAGGAUGAUGAGAGUACGCGCACAUUCCCACAUUUGUCCUCUUGCACAUACUCUUACAUAAUGGUGAUCGAUAUUCUCCGGCAGGCAGAGCGCUAAUGUGGAUAGCGAUGAUUAUUAAUGACCCCAUUAGUUGUUGUACGUGUGACAGCCCAAGGCCUCCCAGUGCCCGAUGCUGCAGGAAUGUUCCUCUCAGCGGUUACUCAUUAAACCAGGCAAAGAGGGCAACUAUGGGGUCAGUGUGCAGGUCAUAGGUCAAAAUGUACAUCCUCUUACAAAGGCAGGGUGACAUCUCAGG